UGAGAAACGGCCGAAGAGAAAGUGUAAGCUUAAUUUAAUUCUUUUAACGGACAGCAGAUGGCACAGUCGAAUGGACUUAUUUAUGACGAGAGCGAACUUCAAAAUAAGAUUAAAAGAAAAAUAUUUAGUUAGCGUUUCCACCGAUAGAUGGCAAUUUUAAAGUUGAAGAAAAUGGCGGAUGUCUGUGAAGUGUGUGGAAGUGUCACGUGGAAGUACAAAGUGCCUUGUUGCUUAAUUAAAUAUUGCUCGGUGACUUGUUAUAAAAAACAUAAAGAAACUGGUUGUUCAAAACAGAAUACAGAACAGAAAUUGCGUAGUCAAGAUGAAGUCCAGUGUUUAGAUAAAAAUGGUGAUGAUGAUGCAGAAUAUCAAUUUAUAACUGAAGAUACAGUUCUAAAGGAAAAAUUAAAAUUAUUAUCUGAAGAUUCGACAUUGAAAAAUGUAUUGUACAAUCCUCAUUUACGAGAUAUGAUACGGAAUUUGGCAGCAUCCUCUCAUCCCGGUAAAGAUUUGGAGGAAGCUAUGAAGAUUCCUAUUUUUGUGGAAUUUGUGGAACAUUGUAUGAGAAUAGUUGAACCAAAUAAUUUGGAUAUAGAAAAAUAAUUUAUUUGUAAAAAAAUUUGUUUUUGUAUAAAAUAAAUUUAAGAUAUUGAAAAUAUUUUUAUAAAUUUUAUAACAAAAGAAUCAUCAUUUUUAA